AGCAAAACCAGCAGCGCCACUGUUUGUUCCUUGCUCCACUUCUUCUCUGCUUCUUGGCUGUUGUUUGUUCGCUGCAGGGACUCUCGGAUUCAAAGAAACACCUGCAAAAAGACCUACCAUGGUUGUGUUGCCUCAACGACGAUCCAGGAUGCCUACUUGUGCCGCGCUUGCUGUGCUGGCUCUGGUUAUGGUGCAGAUGGCAUCAAGUGCAUCUGCAGCGCUCUACCUUGGCGAUUCCACCGACUUUGACGAGAGCGCGCUGCGCUACUUGCCCCAGGGCAACAUGUGGCAGACGUUCACGGCGGGCUGGACGUCCGAGUUGGGCCAAGUCAGCGUGUACCUUGGCACCGAGGAUCACUGCGUCGAGUCGACGGCGACCUUGUACGUUGCAGAGGGGACACCGUCCAGCUUCCAGGCGGUGAAGAACAACGCCAUUGGACAGCCCAUCACCAUCACUACCACGUGCGACGACGACGUGGUGUGCGUGGACAAGGAGCCAAGCAAGCAGUGUGCAUCGUGGCAGCGGUUCCUCCUGGAAACCCCCAUCACCCUGCAACGCGACGCGACAUAUGCGUUUGCCAUUGAGGUGGAGCCGUCAGACUACAACCUCCUUCCCGUGAUUGGCGUGUCACCAUCAUCCAAGAACCACGGCGGUGCUUCCUCCCUUGCCGUCUCGCCCCUGUACAAGACGAGGUACGCGCAGUACACGUUCCAGACAUAUGUGACAAACAGCAACCCCGGCAGCGCGAACCUUGAUGAACAGACGGUGUCGUCGACCGAGAGUCCCGAUGCAACCAACGUUGGCGAUUCCUCCAACGACUCGCGCAACAACAAAUCCGGCGUUGGCGUGGCCGGCAUUGUCGUGCCUGUGGUGCUGGUGAUUGUCGUCGUUGUUGCCAUUGCGUUUGUGGUGGUGCAGCGGCGUCGGUGGGCCAAGGAGAAGGUGAUUGACGGGUCACAGCUGUAUGUGAUUGGACCCGACGAGGAGGAGGGUGCUGAACGCAACUCGCUCACGGGCGGCGCACAAGAUUCUUCGCGACCCUUUGGACGCCAUCCCAUCAACGUGCGCUCCGCCCACCAACACGGGCACGAGGAUCGUGGUCGCUGGGCUGACCAGUCUUGGGCGUACGGCACAUACACGCGUCGUCUGCCCUCCCUCCCAACAGAAACGCAAUGCUAAGACCAACAACAACAACAAGCAAGCAAGACUGCUACCUGCAUACAAAGGAACACAACGCACUCACAUACACACACGCUGCUGCUGCUACUACUACUACCACUACCACUGCUGCGCUUCUGUUUUAACACCCAUCCAUCAUCAUCAUGUCGUUUGCAUAUCCCCCCCCCCCCCACC